GCUCGCUUUUGCUUUUGUUCUUCCUCCGUCCUCUCCCUCCUCUGCUCUGCAAAGCUUCCAGAAACGUGGGGGAGGUGCCGGGCCGCUCCGAAUGCUUUGAUCUCCGCUCGGUGGGCUCUCCUCCCGAACGAUCUCCCCUCCUCCAUGGCGCGCGUCCUCCCGCUCAGCAUCGAGCCGGGGGAGAUGGCCAGAGGUGAAGAGGUGGUGACAGACACACCAAGUUCUUCAGCUGGGGCAUCAUGCACGGCAGUUGAUCAUUCUGAGCAAAACACAAAGGAUGAUGAGUAUGCGAGGCUAGUUACACGAGCUCAACAUGCAACAUCUGAUGUCAGUGUGACAAUUUUAUCUGAGCAACCAAAGUCAAGAUCUUUCAUUUGGUGGAUGAAAGUUCUGCUUGGCUGUUUCCUUCUUAUAUUAGUGGGUUACAUCUUUGUGAAAUGGGGAGUCCCCUUUGCCUUUGAGAAGGUUCUCUUGCCAAUCAUGCAAUGGGAAGCAAGUGCUUUUGGGCGUCCAGUAUUGGCUGUUGUUCUUGUUGCAUCUUUGGCCCUCUUUCCAGUUAUUCUAGUCCCUUCUGGACCUUCUAUGUGGUUAGCAGGAAUGAUCUUUGGUUAUGGUUGGGGUUUCUUGAUUAUAAUGGUCGGAACUACUAUUGGCAUGGUGGUACCAUAUUGGAUUGGCUCAUUGUUCCGUGAACGUCUACAUGUAUGGUUAACAAAAUGGCCUCAGCAGAUAGCACUAAUAAAACUUGCUGGUGAAGGGAAUUGGUUCCAGCAGUUUCGAGUUGUUGCGCUUUUCAGGAUCUCACCAUUCCCAUAUACAAUUUUUAAUUAUGCCGUCACUGUGACUGAAAUUAAGUUCAACCCUUAUCUAUGUGGUUCAAUUGCUGGAAUGGUACCAGAGGCAUUCAUCUACAUCUACAGUGGGCGGUUAAUCCGUACAUUGGCAAACAUGAAGUAUGGCAACUAUAAAAUGACGCCAGUGGAGAUAACAUACAACGUCAUCUCCUUCAUCAUCGCCAUUGUCCUCACAGUCGCGUUCACCGUGUAUGCCAAGAGAGCUCUGAACGACAUAAAAGGUUCAGAAGGUAUCUGUAAAGAAGUUGACUCCAGCCCUGCCGGCCCAGGUGCAGGAAUGGAACACCAUCAGGAGUGCUCUGGUUCACGUAGUGCUGUAGAGCUGGAUGUUGUAUGAUGGUGUGUUUCACCGGGAGAGUAGAAUACAAGACAAGAUCGCCUGAGAGUUGGCAGGUAGGUGUAGGGUUUUACGCCAGGUAGCUAGGUAGGCAACAACAGCAGGUUAAAUAAUACACACCCAGCUGACGUUGUUUACUCGAUUAAUUUCGUGUGCUUUGUCUGCACGGCCAUACUUGAAUUGAAUCCGAAGGUGCAGUGGUGCUGACUAAUGACUCAGCGAUGGUGUAAGCAGCAUGCUGUUGGAGUGUUGGUGGCAUGUAGACUACACUGAGAUUUCUCUAGAGUGUAGUGGAUAUGCCUCCACAAGCACAGCACGGCCUUGCGACGCGCCUAACGCUGCGGACAUUGGAAACAUUCUGCACUUGUAACAUCUGAUGAUACCAUUAAUUUAUGAUCCCUUUUUCUAACAGAGAAUCAUUUGGUCCA